CUCGUUUCCGCGUCACGCAACAACGAGCGCUGCAUUACCACAUGUCGCGGGCCUCUUUGGCACUCACUUGCUGGUUUCAUUAGUUGUACUAGGUGAGAGCGAUGAAAGCUGACUUGAAGACCUUGUAGACCCAUAAACCGCCAAAUACUACCCUUAGAAUGGCUGCUCUUCAGAAGUCUGAGGCCAUUCGGCAUAUCCAACUUUCCUACGACAACACCGACUCGCAGAACUCCGCCUUGCAACUCAUACUAGCCCUCAGACCCGAGUGGAAAGCUACGCAGGAGACGAUAACGUUUGUCAAAUUUACCGACGGCAUCACGAAUCAGCUAUUCAAAGCCAUCAACAAGCUGCCAGGGCUGUCAGAGAAGCAGGUGGACCGGGAGGCUGUGCUGCUGAGGGCGUAUGGCAAAGGCACCGAUGUGCUGAUUGACCGCGAGAGAGAAGCACUCGCACACUCCCUGCUAGCCCGCCACAACCUUGCACCGUCGCUUCUUGCACGAUUCGAAAACGGGCUCCUUUAUAAAUACGUCGAGGGCAGUGUCUGCUCGCCAGCUGAUCUUCGCCGACCAGAGGUCUGGCGUGGUGUGGCGAAGCGAUUGGGAGAAUGGCACGCAACGCUCCCCAUUUCAGCCAUUAGCUCAGAACCCACCCCUAGCCUUUCAAAUGGCCACCCCACAAAGCCUCGCAAUAAGCGAACUGCGUCUCUUGAAGCAAUUGAAAAACUCAUCCCUGGCAAACCAGUUCCAAAUCUUUGGACUGUCAUGCAGAAAUGGAUCCUUGCCCUCCCUUCCACCUCACAAGCUGAAAAGACCCGAUGCGACACACUCCAAACAGAACUCGAAUGGCUCGUCAAGACAUUCGGCAAUGUCUCUGGCCUCGAUGCCAAACCCUUUGUCUUCGCCCAUUGCGACCUUCUCUGUGGAAACGUCAUCAUCCACCCAUCUUCAUCUGCAUCCUCUUCACGAUCUAGCAGUUCUGCCUGCUCAGACGAAGUUGACCUUUUCGUCGAGGUGUCUUUCAUCGACUACGAGUAUGCAACACCCGCACCUGCAGCCUUCGAUCUCGCCAAUCACUUCGCGGAGUGGGGCGGCUUCGACUGCGAUUUCAAUGUCCUCCCAACCCGCUCACAGCGCCGCGAUUUCCUCAAGGCAUAUCUAGCGAGCUACAACUCACAUACGAACCGCUCGUUUGACAGCUCCGAGUCCGAGCAGUUGUUUGAGGAAGUGGACCGCUUCCGCGGCGUGCCGGGCUUCUAUUGGGGAAUUUGGGCGCUGAUUCAAGCUCAGAUCUCGCAAAUUGACUUCGAUUACGCCAAUUAUGCCGAGAUCAGACUGGGCGAGUUCUGGGCAUGGAAAGCGGAGGUUGAGGGAAAGAGGGAGAAGGAGGGCAGCAAACUGCCGCUGCGGGAGCGAAGAUGGGCACAAGAAGAGUAGAAAACUGGACCCUCUAGUUUGAUGAGACGAAAGAUACGGAGUAUUCAAGCCUGCUUUGAGAUCACUGCAAGAGGCUAUUGUGGUCCGCACCUGGUUCUUCUAUUUCAAUCAAUACUGCCAGCAUUGUCUACUCUCCGUCUCUUUCAUUCGCACAACCUUCUUCUUUCAAUGCCGAACUGCAUUUCUGAGAUAGACUCUUAAAUUCUAAUGGCGACUAGAAACAGAUGCGCGGCUUCAACAACCACGAGUCUUUUCUUUAACUCUCAUUGGUUCUCCCGGCUGCAAAAAUUUGGCGUUACUUUCAUGCUUCCCUAGCAAAUCUCUAAGACAACGGCUGG